AUGGCACAUGAAUCACGCUCAGGAAUCGGAGCUCGAGUCUCUGCCCUUGCCAAGGAAGCUGCUCUCAAAUUGAAAGGCAAAACCGGAACGACAUCCGAAUAUUCCUCUAUUGUUGCAGUCUGGAAGAAUCCCUCCGGUGUCGCCACCUCUCUGACCAAGUCGUUCAGCGGGUACGCGGACCUCACGAUCGCGUUUCAAGUCUUCGGAGGCAGGCCGAUCCGCUACCUUCUUUUAUUCUUUCUGAUUCUUCCGAGUCUCAACUCACCUGAUCUUGCCGGAUGGAUCAUCCUAUCCUUCAUUCUCCUGGUCUACCGCGCAAACGGGAAUCAACGUCAAAGACCGGAUUCCGUCCAGCCUCGCAAAUUGGUAGAGACUUCCGCGAGAGCCCCGCGACGAAGGAAAGAAAUAUAUCACUCUCGAUUUCUCAGCAGCUUAGCGGUCAUACGAGAAAGUCGAGUCCUGCGCACCAUGGAUGUUGAGGCUCUGUGGCGCCGACCCAGCGUUACAAACAGUGUGGAAGAGCCGGCAAUGUCUGGCCGCGGAUAUAGGUGA